AUGAAAGGUAUGCUGCCAGCAAGUCUUGUUGGUCAAUCUCCUGAGAGUCCAUCUGGCAAUAAAACACAGAAUGGCUCUCUAAAGCCUAAGUUGCCCAAACCUAAACUUGACCUCAGAGCCCUCUUUGACUACUUCAGAAGGAAGCAGCAUCUGAAGAGGAGAAAGUGGAGGCCAAGUGCUAGGAAGAAGAAAGUCGCAAAGAGGAAAACUCUGAAAUGCAAGGAGCAAGAAACUUGUGAGAAGAGACAGCAGCCAAGAGUCCCAGGAAAGAAACGGAAAAAGAAACUUACUGAGAAAGUUGUUAAUUUUCCUUUUGUGGAGAGACUGUACGGAGUGAAACGCAUUCCCUUUAGAAUGGUGUGUCUGUAUGAGGUAAGUAGCAGUUAAAUUACAGCAGAGGUUCCCAAACUUAUUUGGCCUACCGUGCCCUUUUCCGGAAAAAAAAAUAUUCCACACACCCCUGGAAAUUUACCUUCUUUAAGUGAACAGACAAAGAUUCAUUGACAAAUUUGCAUUCUUUUAUGUAUAUAUAUAUAUUUACCUACAUCCUGCAACAUAGUAAAGAAAGAUGAUGUUAUAAAAUAAGACACCUUGAAGCUUGAAAUUAUAAAAUUAUUAAAAUCAACCAGAGUAACAUUUACAUUAUACACAGAAAUGAAAUAAAAAUUAUGAACAACCUUUAAAAUAAUCCUAAUGAGAAGGAUGAACCUAGUACGCUGCUGUCAGUAUAUUGAUGUUUGGAUCUACUUUUGUCAGCAGCAUUGUUCAAUCACUGUAGUUAGCUAUCUGCAGUAGAUUUCUUUUUUUAGGUAACCUGCAUUUGUGUUUAUUUGGAAAAUGAAGUUUGGGUACUUAGGGAAACACUGAUUUAGAGAAAGCAACUAUAUACAAUAAUGCUCUGGUCUUUCGUACUGCAUAGUGUUAAUAAUUUGCUUCCUGAGUAACAAACUUGAUUGGGAAAAACUGCUUUGCAGUUGAAAGAAAGCCUCAUUGGUACAGUGCAUAAUCAAAUUUGUGGGCUUUCAGAGUCUUUUGUCCUGGUUUAUGUUCAUAGAGCAAAUUUCUUCUCCCCCAGCAAGCAGCUUUAAAUGGAUACUUCAGAUACAUUGAAACGCUGAAAUUAGAGAAGCUCAUGGAAAAAUCUUUGACGCAGUUGAAUGCUGUGGAUGAUCUAGAAAAUGAAAGUCUGGCGUCAAGAAAGUACAAAUACGUGGAUGAGGAUGAACCUCUUUCUCCCAUUGUGGAGACAAAGUAUGUAUAAUUACGCUUUCUAAAGUUCUGCGUCACAUCUGUGCACUCAGUAGAAACUUCAAUGCAAGGGAAGAGUUGAAAAUGGGAAUCUGCUGAUCUACGUCCUGCUAAGCCAUCUUCCUCAACCCUUGCUUGUAUCAAUAGUUGAUUGUUCACCGCUUAGAUUAUACCAUAGAAAGUAUACUCCUAUAGACACACCCGGAAAUUAAACUUUGAGAGAAACAGAUAAAAACCUAUAAAUCUCUUGAGAAUGUGUCUGACGCGUGGCACGCUUUCAGAAAUAUCAGGAUUGCAAUGUUGUAAUGUGCUUCCUAUUUAACAAAUGUAUUCUUGCAGAUUUUACAGGAACACACCUUAAUUCUUGAGUUUCUCAGUGGACGGGAAUAAAAUCCUUCCAAGUUCAGACUUACUACAACAUGCAGUCCUGAAAUGAAAAGGUUUCAGUAACAGUCUGUAGGGGGGAUAAUACUGACACCUUGCACUCUGUAUUGGGGAGUUGUAAGAAUUAUAACUAGGAAAUGCACAGGAAGCACUUUGAAAGCUAGAAAGCGCUAUAUGAAUUCAAUGUUUCUACUAUUCUCAUUUACAACUUACAUACAGAUAACUGGGCAAUUGCUGUAUUUCAGUGGAGAUGACCAGACUGAGAGUUCUGCAGAUAAAGAAGAAAUGGGUGCCAAGAUAGUGGUAAGUCUUUGCUGACUUAAGUCAAUCACUUUAACUCAGUGGUUUUCAACCAGUGGACAUUCCCUCCUGUCUUCUGAACAGAGAGGCCAGAGAGCAGCUUUUUGUAAGCAAGUUGUGGUGAGUGAUGUAGGUGCCUCGCCCAUUUUAUGGUUGUCUUCUUCCGCUCUUGCAUGUGGCAGCCGUUUUGUUAUGCCAUGCUCCAAUGGUAGCCAUUUUUUAAAUAAAAAAAAACCCCAUGGGUGGUACUCCACACUAGUCCUACUCAGUGUAGACCCAUUGAAGUUAAUGGACACGACUAACUCAAAUUUAUUUCAGUCAGCCUGCUCUGAACAGGACUCAUUUGAAUAAAACCCCAUGCACCUAGGAUGUAUGGUUCUAUAAUUAUGUGUCAGGAAUAGGCUUUGUAACGGGAAACUUCUGUAUAUUUGGUUGAUUUGAUCUCUAUUCACAUGUUUGUGUGUUACAUUUACCUUGUCUGUUUCUUUGCCAUAGGAAAACAGCUGUUUCAUACUAAGUAGUGAAAUUCCAAAGAAGACACGCAAGAGGAAGUCAAAGUAAGUGAGCCUAUUUACAGAAUAUAGCAAAGAAAGUAAGGAAGGAAAUGAGCAAGAAGCUUCAGUAGUGGAUGCCUUUAAAUUAAAAUGUUAAAAUAGCGUGUCUUCAGACUUGGGCUUGUUCUCACUAACCAUAUUUUAAAUAAAUUACAAUUGGAAGCUGGAGAUUCUGAUAUUGCUGCUGCAGUAAGGUGGAGAGUGCAUGCACACAAGACAGGUGCCUCUUUUGCCUAGAUUUAAGUUGUGAGAUUUUCCUGCUUUACACUAGAGUAGGAGGGUAGUGAUGGAGUUAUUCUAGACGGGCUAUUAGCUGUGGUCAUACGUUCCUUUAGCUAAGGGACCCUUGAACAAAUGCUUUUGAGGCAGGUGUUUGAGCAGCACUACUGUACAUCCCCUUGUUGACUUGAUUCCAACAGGGUUUUUCUUGCAGAUCUUAUGGAUAGCUUUUACAGUUGCAAGCUGCCUUGCUGAAAGGGUGGGCAAAGAAUCUGUCACGGGGAGUUGACAAAUUGCCGUUCUGGGGGCUGCCAUCAGUGUAUUGUUAAAUAUGUUGCCCCAUUAACUAGGUGCAAAAUCCAGCUUUAUUGGAGUGCUAGCUAACAUUCUUUUUCAAAUGGAACUUGUGUGUGCUGGAGUAUUUUUUCUUAUGAACCCAUUAGGACUUCAGGAGAGUGCAUGGGAUUGUGGCCUGAGCCAUUUAACAGCUAAAUAGCUUCUGUGUAAAUCUCAUUACUUGAACAUGGCAAUCAAACUAUUGUAUUACCUUAGUGUGUUUUGCUUACUUGGGGCUUUCUAAGUUUCCUAAAAAGUUUUCUAGAGUUGGACAUCUAAUCUAGCAAGAUGUGAUAACUGGGUACUGCUCUUGGUAAGCUCUUCCCAUCCCCAAAGUGCUUACUUGAUCAGCCCCUUUUAAUAUUUAAAGCAUGCACAUGCUCAUAUCUGAACAUUGCUUAACUUCAUGAGUUACUAGAUCUCAGCACAGUGUAGUAGCAUUUAUCAUAUUCCAUAUACCUCAUUUUAAUCUAGAACAGUGAUUUGUUCUGGAGUAGUACCAUCAGUGCCAGCAAUCUUAUUUUUAUCACCUGAAAUGAGUGCUUUGGCAUGAGGUAGUAGGAUCUAAAUUUUUGGUGCGGUUGUACUAUUAUUGGAAUUUUUUUAGUAGUAGUAUUUUAUUAAUAUAUUACCAUGUACGUGUAGGUGGCAUUUCGCAAAGAACAGGUAUGACAGAGCCCUGCCCCCAGGAACAUACAGUCUUAAACAGACAAGGGAAUGGAGGGAGGAGGAAAAUUAGGCAGGGGGAGAACACGUGAAUAUUUCAUUUCCCUGUACUUUGACUUUGCUGCAAUAAGGUGUAGAUGUUAAGGAGAUGGGACAGCAGCAAUUCAAGAUAGAACAGAAGAACCAGAUUUUGGGGGGAAGGGGUCUAAAUAGGAAUGAAAUGGAGAAAGAGGGCAGUCGGAUGUUGGUGUUCAAACCAUGUGUAUAUUAACCAAGGACUUGACUGAGUAACAAUAAAGUGGCAUUCAUAAGUGAGUCUAGAUUCUGCACAAUAGUUCAUGUGAUGACUGUUUUUAAGUUCAACUGCUGAGUGAUUCAGAAAUGAACUAAAACCUAACACACUGACCAGAACUGAGUGCAGAAUGAGAGUUGCUUUGGGUAUGCCUUAAGCACACAACUGGAGUGCAUGUACAUCUGGCGGUGGGUUGGGGGGCGGGGGGAGAUGCUUUUAGUAAAAACUUCAGGAAAAAAAGCUGCCUGAACAAAAUUUGAUAAAAUCAGCACACAGCAUCAGAAAGGCAUUUGAAGAUGCCUGUAACGCCUUAAGGCCAAAGAUCUUAAAUUCAGUCUGAAGAACCACUGCUAGUCAAUGCAGAUGGCACUAGAUAAAUCAACAAACUAUUUAUGAGGCAGUUGAAGAGAAUGCAGCCAAAGCUAAAAGUUUAUGUAUGUUUGAAAUGUGUUCUUCCAGCACUACCAGCAACUGA